AAAAAGACUAAGCCCAUUCAAAAUGCCACCCAUUCGUUUCGGAAUCUUAAUGGUUCCUUACCAAACCCUCGACGUCGCCGGGCCAGUGGACAUCCUCUCCUCAUGCUCGCGACCGUACCUCGAAGUCAUGGAACGGGACGGUCUGGUCUCCAAGAACACUGCAGCUGCCGGCCUUGAUAUUGAAUUUUACUACGUUGGUAAUGAGCUGAAGCCCGUCCAACAUACCGGCAGCCUUCAGGCACUACCGACAACCACCUGCGACACAUGUCCACCUCUUGACUAUCUAUUAAUCGGUGGACCGUCGCCGGGCUACCGCCUUCCGGAGUGUUUUGAAUCAUUCAUUCGACGUCGAUCCCAGGAGGUCAAGGCAAUUUUCACAACCUGCACAGGCGCUCUGCUGCUGGCCCAAACGGGGAUACUUGAUGGCCGUGAUGCCACUGUCAACCACGUGCUUCUGCCACAAGCCCGGCUACUGUACCCGAAAGUCCAUUGGAAUGACUCCCAACUGUGGGUCACAGACGGAUGCUUCUGGACUGCCUCUGGGGCAUGCGCGGGGAUGGAUAUGUUUGCGCACUGGGUAAUGGAAAAUUGCCAUCCUCAGGUUGUCAAGGCCAGCUUCAUGAUACUGGACUAUACACCCAGAGACAUCCACAGGCAGCAUUUGACUACAAUUCAGUGAAGCAAGAGGCAUCCUUUCUCUUGUGUAGUUAUCAGGGAACUGCGAUCCAUGGGGUGAUGCUUUCCCCUGUACCCCAGACAAUCUGGGUGUACAACCAGUAUUUCAACUCUUCUCUUUUCUUCGUGCCGCUCCUUGCUGCUCUGGUGUUUAAACAUAAACAUACGACAGAUUGGUGAUAUGACCAUAUUGUGAUUUCUGUGGCAAACGUCUGUUCCUUCAAAUGGGAGUAAUGUCUUGAGAAAUAGAGUGUCAAUCAACA